CGGAUAUUACGUCAUGUUAACAAUCCUCCUGGACUAACCUAAAAAUGGCCGACCGUAGCGAAGGAUUUUAAUCUACGCUUGCAUUAAUAAACACAGAGUCUGAAUAUUCUCUGGUCUCAUUUCUCUUUUGGAGAUUUCUCUUGUUGCAUGUCAUGGCCCGAAUCCCUCACAGUGAGUUCCUUGUGGAGCAGCUGAGAAAGCAGAAGGAGCGAGGUUUCCUGUGUGACUGUACCGUCGUCGUCGGCCAGACCCGCUACAAAGCUCACCAUAACGUCCUGGCAGCCUUCAGCGAGUAUUUCUCCACACAGUGUAUCGAUGCAGGAAAAGGAGACGCCACCAUUACUCUGGAACCCGAGUUGGUUAGCGCUGCUGUGUUUGAGAAACUGCUGGACUACAUGUACACGGGAAACUUAAACCUGGACGGGGAUGAAAUUCCAAGCAUUCAAAAUGCAGCAUCCUUCCUUGGCAUACAGGAAGUCCUGGCUUUCUGUUCCUCGAAUGCUGAUAGAGAAAGUCCUGCUGCUGAGAAGGACAUGAUCUUCCCAGAUCCUCGUUCUCCACUCAGCCCGGAUGACUACGAACCACUGGAACCACUCGAGGAAGUGAAGGAAAGGGAGACGCUAUGGAAGUUGCAAGAAAAUAAAUCAGAAGUGUUUGGUGAAAAAGCUGCUCCAGUUAACGAUUCCCAGUUAUCCAGUGAACACACUCCACAAGGCACAGAGAAGAGGAUCAGGAAGCCCAGGACUCGGCUUUACGAAGAGGGGGAUGAUUUUACGAGGAAGGAAAGCCCGCUUUCCCCGAGAGGACGAGGCCGGGGAAGGGGCAGGCCAAGAGGGCGGCCUCGGACGAGACCUUUGGAUUCUGACAAAGUGGAUGCUGUAAUGAUGGACAAGAGCCCGACUACAGAGAGUGCUGUAGUGAAGAGAGGAACCGGAAGACCAAGAGGACGGCCACGUCUGAGACCGUUGCCGUCUGAAGUAGUAGACUUGACCGGCAGGGAAGAAAACACCGCAGUGGUUAAUGUUGAAGUAAGUGAAAGUGGAACAGUCCAGUCAAAGCCAUCUGAGUCUGUAAAUCCACAAGGAAAUGAAGAUGAGGUAAACACAAAUGGAGAGGUAGAGAACAAAACAACAUCAGAACCUGAGAAUACUACAGAGCUUGUGGUCGUGAAACGAGGAAGGGGCCGACCUCGUACCAAGUCUCUGCCGUCUGAGGCUGCCGAAAUCCCGAACCCUGAUGAGACCGUUACACAGAUAGCACAGAAAGAAGGAGUGCGUAAGAGGGGCAGGCCGCGCUCCAAACCCCUGCCACCAGGAAUGCCCGAAUCUGACAACACAGAAGGAGGAACAGAACAGGAUGCUGGACUGGAUCAGGAGAACAAUCAGCCGAAAGAGUCGUCCUCUGAGCCCCUCGACUGCAAACCGGAAUCUCCAGUAAACGCCAAGAAGGUCCGGACAAGCACAAGGAAGCGGAGCCUGAGCCGAAAACUAAGAGAGAGCCAAGCCAGCAAGGAUGAAAACGAGCAGGAAGAAGCAGCAGCAGAGGAAGAGGAGGAGGAGGAGGAGGAGGAGGAGGAGUGCAGUGAGGAUUGGGGGGAGGAGGAGGAGGAGGAAGAGGAGAAGGAAGUCAAGGUGACACAAAACAAGCUGCGGCCCAUCUGCAACAUCUGCGGGAACCUGUUUUCAGAAAUGAGUAGCCUGCGCAGACACAUGCGUAUACACAAAGGGCUUAAGCCUUACGAGUGCCAGCUGUGUGGACGAUGCUUCAGGCAGGGGAACCAGCUCAAGACACACCUUCGGAUUCACACAGGUGAAAAGCCAUUCUCUUGCAGCCUUUGUGAUGCCUCGUUUGCACAAAAGUGUCAGUUGGUGUAUCACUGCCGUAUGCAUCACGGAGAGGAAAAGCCUCACAAGUGUGACGUGUGUCCUGCAGCUUUCGCUACAUCCAGCAAUCUUAAAAUCCACAUGAGGACACACAGCGGGGAAAAGCCAUACGAAUGUGGUGAAUGUGGGAAACGUUUCACUCAGGCGAGCACGCUGAUGUACCACAAGCGCCGACACACGGGCGAGAAACCCUACGUCUGUGACACGUGUGGCAUGGCCUUCGCUGUCUCCAGCUCGCUCAUCUCACACACCAGGAAACACACGGGAGUGACUCCUUACAUCUGCCUUGACUGUGGAAAACCCUGCUUAACAUCUGGGGAGCUCAGGAAGCACAUGGAUAUCCACAAUGGUUCAAGGCGAGUGAUCUGUAAUAUAUGUGGAAAUACCCUGUCUGAUAUUUAUAGCCUGAAGAAGCACAGAGCUCUAAAGCACAGCGCUCCUCCAGAUCAGGAUGACGAGCCCGCUAAAUCUGAGUCUGUCGAGUGUCCAAUCAACAUCCCGAUUGAUCAUCAGGGUCUGAUAGCCCGAGUGCGCUCUGUUUUGUCAGAAUCCCCAGAGCCAAGCUUUCCAGACGAAACCCCUCUCACUUCUGAGGCGUCUAUGAUCAUCCAUCAGCCAGAUGCCCCAAUGAUCAUCCAGCAUUCAGAAGCUGCAGGGGCACCGAUGAUCAUUCAGCAUUCAGAAGCUUCAGGAACCCAAAUGAUCUCUGGAUCUCCGAUGAUUAUCCAACACGCUGAGUCCUCCGAGGCUCCGAUGAUCAUCCAGCACUCAGAAGCUGGGGGAACACCAAUGAUCAUCCAGCAUUCGGACGCUGGAGGAACACCAAUGAUCAUCCAACACUCAGAAGCUGGAGGAACACCAAUGAUCAUCCAGCAUUCGGAAGGUUCAGGAACGCCAAUGAUCAUCCAGCAUUCGGAAGGUUCAGGAACGCCAAUGAUCAUCCAGCAUUCAGAAGCUUCCGAGACACCGCUGAUCAUCCAACAUGCCGAUUCCUCAGGAGCACAAAUGAUCUCUGGAGCACCGAUGAUUAUCCAACACGCAAAUUCCUCUGAGACUCCUAUGAUCAUCCAGCAUUCAGAAGCUACAGGAUCGCCAAUGAUCAUCCAACACGAUGAAUCUUCAGAAACUCCGAUGCUCAUUCAGCACGGAGAUUCCACUGAGCAAGUGAGUUAUGUCGUGGAGCAGUAUGAAAUUCCUGGUUCCUCAGACAUUGAACAUGCUCAGAUCGUCAUCGUACAGACUAUCGAUUAAGGUCGCAGAUCUCGAGAAACAUCUGGUCUCCAGGGCAUAUCUGUUGCAGUCCAAAGUACUUUUAGUGUAGUUGUCUUUGUAAAAUGGAGACAAUCUUAAGUGUAUUUCAGAGACUGCUCCAGGAGGAGGUCAAUUUUUAUGUAGUUUUUUAUUUAAGCUUUCCAGUAUUGAGAGAAAAAAAAGAUAUCCUGAUGAUCAUGUCCACAACGCUGUUCUUCUGCACAGUGUCAUUUCAGAUUACUAGGGAUUAAACAGAUGCUUUGUAUGUAAAAGUACCUGAUAACCACAACGUGGAGGGAACGCUCAAGCUAAUAUUUUGCUCUUAACAUAAUAUUGUGAGAUUGCUACUAAAUCCUUUUUUUUUUCUUUUUUUUUUGAGAAAAAAAAACAAUACAAAUGAUGAAUUGUCCAGCUUGGUGUUAUUUUUCAUUAUGUAAUUUUGCGAUUUUUUUUUUAUGUCGACUCUUUAAAAGAGAUUUACAUCUUUGACAAAUUAAAUUUUCUCUGUUUUAUUAUGAGCAGUUUCAGCCUUAUUGCCACUAAACAAAGAUAAACCUCCAGCGACUCAAUAAAUAUUCAAUUUUCUGCUGUGAUCCUUACAAACCAGACCUGUUCCAUUUAAAGAUUUUGUUAAAUUAGAUUUUGUACAUUCUGGUUUUGUGUCAUGAGUAUGAUUUUAGUCCACUUGAGUCAUUCCUCUAUUAUUUACCAAUGCUUCUGAGAGAUAUAUUUGUUUCUGAUUGUUUUGUCUAUUACCCACUCAUAUCAUUACAGCUGUAGCCCAGCUAGUUAAACAUCAUAUUGUUUACUCUCAGAUGCCUUAAUAGAAAUUAAAGUUAUGCUAUGCU